AUGGCGGCCUUGACAGCGGAGCAUUUCGUGGCGCUCCAGAGCCUACUGAAGCUGCUCCAGGCUCUGCACCACUUCACCAGGCUGGUGGCCUUCCGUGACCUGACCUCUGCUGAGGCGAUUCUGGCUCUCUUUCCGGACAAUUUCCACCAAAACCUCAAAAACCUGCUGACAAAAAUCACUCUGGAGCACAUAUCGACUUGGAGAACUGAAGCCCAAGCGAACCAGAUCUCUCUGCCACGCCUGGUGGACCUGGACUGGAGAGUGGACGUCAAAGCCUCCUCUGACAACAUCAGCCGCAUGGCUGUCCCCACCUGCCUGCUCCAGAUGAAGAUCCAAGAGGACCCUAGUCUGUGUGGAGAGAACCCCUCCAUCUCGGCUGUGACCAUGGAGCUGAGCAAAGAGACGCUGGACACCAUGUUAGACGGGCUGGGUCGCAUUCGGGACCAGCUUUCUGCUGUAGCUAAUAAAUAAGGCAACCAGUUACUGGCCUGCGAGGGUGUGGCUGCCCGCACAGAGGCUGACAGUGGGCAGACAUUGGGAUGGAGGGGCUGCUGCUACUCAGAAGGCUCAGUGGAGGAAUGGAAGCAGCCACACCCAGUGCUCCUCUCUUCUCUUCCUCCUGUUUCUCCUGAAGAUGAGCAGACGCCUCCAUCUCUGAGAAGGCCCUAUGUGGUGCUAAGCUACCGCGAGCCGUGGCAGUGUGAGCCGCCUGUGCGUGCUGCUGUGGAGAGCUCAGGCUGGUGCUGUGGCAAUCACCUAGUGAGGUUACCUCUGGCAUUAGCUCGAUGAGCUCACUUCCAGCCCUGGAAUACAUGGAGGGGUUUAGGGGUGAGGCCAGCAGCGCCUGCUCCCCCAUCAGAGGGAAGUCAGCAGACAGACAGAUAGCAGCAUUCUCCUCAGACUCUUCUGUGAGCUUGGAGCCCUGCUGGGCCACAGCUCCAGUUAGGAAAGCUGGAACACACCAUUCGCCGCUAUUCCUGGGCUAGAAAGUAGAAAGACUUGGAAAUAAAUAACAGUGAUGAUUCCGGUCGUGGUUCUUCCUACUUGAGUUUAUGUCUUCGGCCCUGUCUGCCUCUCAUGGGUAAAUGACCUCAACAUCUUAAUUCCAAGUGAUGCUCACAGGUGCAUGGUAUGAGGUGAUACAAGGCACAUGGACCUCACAACUCCCUGCCUGUUGUCUAUCAUGUGACACAGAAAACCAGAGUUAACGGUCAGUGAGGUACUCCUGAGAGUCUAGCCACACAAGAACAUCUCUCUCAGGUGCCUCACAUGU